AGGGUUGAAAGCUAAGAACUGCAACACCGAAAAUCAAUCCUGCGAGCUGGGCUGCCGAGUGCUCGGAACAAGGAAGGGAAUCCAGCAAAGCGCUCGCAGUCAUUCCACAGCCACCCUCCCCUUUCUCCUCGCUCCGCGCCCGUGGCUCAUUUGGCUUCCCUCUGCCACCGAGCGAUCACAUACAUUAUUUCCCCCAAGAUAACACAAUCAAACUUGUAUUUACCGACAUCCUCUCUUCGCAGCCUGUUUGAGAUUUGUUUUAAUAAAUAAGUGUUUUAUGUGAAUGAUGUAGUAAUUGAAACGGGCACCCAUUUUCCCCCCUUCUUACUGCGGGAGGUUCCUCAACCCCAAUCUGGUUGGAAAAUAAAACGCUUUGUCUCCACAACCACCCCCCACCGCACCCCCACCCGCUCUCAGUGUGUGUUUUAUACGUGUGUGUAUCUCAGCCCCUACAGUAGCCAAGAGAAAGCAGCUAGCCAAUGAGAAAGCCCAGUUUCAUAAAAGCUGCUCUCUGAUUGGCCCGAUGCGAAAGGGCAUUGGGAACAAAGAAAAGUCCCUUUCAGGUAUAGAGGCUUAGAGCUCCUUUUGCUCCACUCCCUCUGUGUGUUGUGUUUCAGUCCUGAUUUCAGUGUUGCAGAACAAGCUUGUUGUGUGUGUGCACCAGGGGAAUUUUUGUUUUCUGGUGUUUUUUUAUUUUAAUUUUUGUUUUUAUAAAAAUACACAGGACAGUCUGUGACAGUUGAUGGUCCAUCUUCUUUAAUAAAAAAUUUGUUGAAGAGAUUAUAAUUUCCAAAAUAAAGCGGCUGCAACCAAACACAUUCAAUGCAGUUAGAAGGAAAAGGUCAACUCGAUCCAAUACAGACCGAAAAGGUGCACCUGGACUGAAGGGUAUAAAAAAUCCCUGGACCACAUCCCUGAGGAGGAAAAAGAAGAGGAACAUUGGAAGAUUUGUGUUUUGUUUUGUUUUCUCUAAGAGAAAGUCCAGCGGAGCUAAACGAAUGUCCCCUCAUCUCCAAAGGAAAGUUCAUCGGAUUUUUAUUCUAGAGAGCUCACCUUCAGGAUGUCAGUGAACACUUCGACUGCAGGAAAAGGUGUGGAUCCAAAUACAGUUGAUACUUAUGACAGUGGUGAUGAUUGGGAAAUCGGGGUUGGAAAUUUAAUAAUUGAUUUGGACGCCGAUUUGGAGAAAGACAGGCAGAAAUUUGAGAUGAAUAAUUCCACCAACACCACUAGCAGCGGUAACUCUAAGGAUUGUGGAGGUCCGGCCUCCGGUGGGGCCGGUGCUACCGCAGCCUUAGCUGAUGGCCUGAAAUUUGCUUCUGUUCAGCCCUCCGCUCCCCAGGGGAAUUCACACAAAGAGACCAGCAAAUCAAAAGUGAAAAGGAGUAAAACUUCUAAGGAUGCUAAUAAAUCUCUGCCUUCUGCUGCCUUGUAUGGGAUUCCCGAGAUCAGCAGCACUGGCAAGAGGCAGGAAGUCCAAGGGCGCCCUGGAGAGGCAACUGGCAUGAAUUCAGCGCUGGGUCAAAGUGUGAGCGGCGGCGGCGGCAACCCAGGCGGCAGCAGUACCGGCACCAGCACCUCG